ACAAACCAAAUUUGGCUUCACCAUCUGGAGUCACUACUAACUACCACCCAAUCGCAGUGUUGCUUUUCAUUUCACUCUCUCAACUCAACGCAGAAACCGUCUUCCACUUCUUCAUCAUCUUCCAAUUUCCCCUUCUUUAUUCUUAUUUCUUCAGCUCAUGACGACGUCGUUUGGAGCAUCUACGUCCACCGCGGCGCUCAAGGACCCCAAGGUUCAGAUCCCGAGCUUCCAUGGCUUGAGGUCUGCUUCCGCCUCCGCUCUCACUCGCAAUGCUCUUUCGCUUCCUUCAUCCACGCGCUCGCUCUCUCUCAUACGCGCUGUUUCCACGCCUGCAAAGUCUGAAACUGCCGCGGAGAAGCGCAGCAAAGUAGAAAUAUUCAAAGAACAAAGUAAUUUCAUAAGAUACCCUCUUAAUGAGGAUUUGUUGACUGAUGCCCCUAAUAUAGGCGAAGCUGCCACUCAAUUGAUCAAGUUUCACGGUAGCUAUCAACAGUACAAUAGAGAUGAGCGUGGUUCCAGAAGCUACUCUUUUAUGAUACGUACUAAGAACCCUUGUGGGAAAGUUUCAAACCAACUUUACUUGACUAUGGAUGAUCUUGCUGACCAGUUUGGAAUUGGGACCCUUCGUUUGACCACCAGACAAACAUUUCAGCUUCAUGGUAUUCUCAAGAAGGACCUUAAAACAGUGAUGAGCACCAUUAUUCGAAAUAUGGGCUCAACCCUUGGUGCAUGUGGUGACCUAAACAGAAAUGUGCUUGCUCCUGCUGCUCCCCUUUUGAGAAAAGAUUACGUCUUAGCUCAACAAACUGCAGAAAACAUUGCCGCCCUCCUGGCUCCUCAGUCUGGGUUUUACUAUGAUAUUUGGGUAGAUGGGGAAAGGUUUUUGUCGUCAGAACCACCUGAAGUAGUUCAUGCACGGAAUGAUAAUUCUCAUGGUACAAACUUCCCAGAUUCACCCGAGCCCAUCUAUGGAACUCAGUUCUUGCCAAGGAAAUUCAAAAUUGCAGUUACUGUGCCAACUGAUAACUCGGUGGAUAUUCUCACGAAUGAUAUUGGUGUUGUUGUUGUUACUGAUGAUGAUGGGGAGCCUCAAGGGUUCAACAUAUAUGUUGGUGGUGGAAUGGGAAGAACUCAUAGGUUGGAAACCACUUUUCCUCGCUUGGCUGAACCAUUAGGUUAUGUACCAAAAGAGGAUAUUUUGUAUGCAGUGAAAGCAAUUGUUGUUACACAACGAGAAAAUGGGAGAAGAGAUGACCGCAAGUAUAGUAGAAUGAAAUAUUUGAUCAGCUCUUGGGGAAUCGAGAAGUUUAGAAGUGUAGUUGAGCAAUAUUAUGGCAAGAAAUUUGAACCUUUUCGUCAAUUGCCAGAAUGGGAAUUUAAAAGUUAUCUUGGGUGGCAUGAACAGGGUGAUGGCAAGUUAUUUUAUGGGCUUCAUGUUGAUAAUGGUCGUAUUGGUGGAAAGAUGAAAAAGACAUUGCGGGAGGUUAUUGAGAAAUAUAAUUUAAAUGCACGAAUCACUCCAAAUCAGAACAUCAUCUUGACUGAUAUUCGUGCUGCAUGGAAGCGUCCAAUUACAACCACUCUAGCUCAAGCUGGUCUGCUGCAACCUAGAUUUGUAGAUCCCCUCAACAUAACAGCAAUGGCAUGCCCUGCUUUUCCAUUAUGUCCACUAGCAAUUACUGAAGCAGAACGUGGGAUACCUAACAUUCUUAAGCGGAUUCGAACUGUUUUUGAGAAGGUUGGUCUGAAAUAUAACGAGUCUGUCGUUGUAAGGAUAACUGGCUGCCCUAAUGGUUGUGCUAGACCAUACAUGGCUGAACUUGGAUUAGUUGGUGAUGGCCCAAAUAGCUAUCAGAUUUGGCUUGGAGGAAACACCAAACAAACAUCGUUAGCUCGAAGUUUCAUGGACAAGGUGAAGGUUCUAGACCUUGAAAAAGUUUUGGAGCCUUUGUUUUAUUAUUGGAAGCAAAAGCGUCAAUCUAAAGAAUCAUUUGGCGACUUCACAAACCGAAUGGGAUUUGUGAAGCUUAAAGAACUUGUUGAGAAAUGGGAGGGUCCAGUAGUAGCACCAGCACGCCACAACCUAAAGCUAUUUACUGACAAGGAGACAUACGAAGCAAUGGAUGAAUUGGCAAAGCUUCAAAACAAGAGCGCUCAUCAGUUGGCCAUGGAAGUUAUCCGCAAUUAUGUUGCUUCCAACCAAAAUGGGAAAGGUGAAUGAUUUCAUUGACUUUGCCAAAGAUGUAAGUGAUGCUGCUUUUUGGUUGACUGGAAUGGUGGAUAGGCAACUAAACGCUACUCUCUGUUGUUACUGUGUGGUAACUCUGGGAAUAUGCUAAAUUAAUGUUUUGGUUGUUAGUAAUUUUUAUCUAAAACGGCUUUCAGAUAGAAUUGAGUUUUUUAACACAAAAUAAGACUUUCUAUCAUUUCUGUAUCAAAUUUGGGGUGUUCGACCACUUGGUUUUUCUUCACAUAAUCAUGUUAGGUAAGAUCUUUUUUCAAUUGUAUUCUUGCUCCGAUAAAGUUCACUAAUGAGGAUUUGUUAAUAGCAAUCGUGUGGUUAAAGUUGAUUAAUUACUGACGAUGGUGCAUCUGGAAGCGUAUGUGUAUGUGUUCACCUGUUCAGUGUUUCUUGUUAUUUUU